AUGGUCGGCUCCUUUUCGCAAGCUGCUCGUCAAUCAGCCUACCAGCCUCCAAUACAGAAGGGCACCGGCUUAUCUCCAGGGAUACGCCCAUUCAACACCCAAUCAGGAAUCUACCCAGUACCAAUGACACAGAUCAAUCAACCACGAAACAACCAAAACUUACCCUCUAGCAAUAGAAAAGACAAUUCCCCGCCCACAAAACGAGGUACCAAACGCAGCCACACAGAAAUAGACGAGACAGAGAUCGAAAUAAGCCGCAAACACGGCAAACGACUAACAACAAAAGAAGAAGUAUCUCUCUUCGAGAUCUGCAAUAAAAACGCACACACCUUCGGCAAACGCAGCGACAUCUGCAACUGGUGGCGUACCAUAGCAGAAGAAUUCACCCGCGCCCAUGGCAGGCCGUACUCAUGGCAUUCUGUCCGUCGGAAGGUGGAGAUGGUGACGAAGCAGCGUCUUAAGUUUUUAGAGGACCAGAGCUCCCGCGAACUCACAGGGGUGACUCUAACAGAGGACUCCAUGAAUCCACAGUGGUGUGCUGUUCUCGAUGCGUGGAUGCCGACGUGGAUACGGUGGGAACAGGCAGAGAUACAGCGGAUCGCGAAGCGCGACGAGAUGAUACGCCGGCGCAGCUCAGUAAUCAGACCUGACGAUCAAGGGGCGGGGCAUAUUGAGCCUCCAGAUGUGCAUGCCCCGACUGGGAGUUCUAGUGAUGAUAGGCGGGAAGAUCUCCAGUCCGGUGGUGAGCUGCACGAUGAGGAGUUCCUAGACGCAUCUUCGGCGGGUGUGUUUGGUUCUGGUGCUGUUGGACCUGGUGCAAUGCCGAUGGUGGCGGGGGCACAUGCAUUUGAUCCUGUGGCGCCGUCAAUACCAUCUGCUACUAAGCUACCGCCGGGUUAUGACUCAAUGUUCACUACACCACUUCAUAUGACGGCUCGCUCAUCUACACUACCGGUUAGUGUUUCAAUGAGCCCGCCGCCUGGCUUACCACAUACGAAUCUGGAGUUGAAUCCCAUUUUAAAUCCGACUCCACAAAACAAUCACAUGUUCAAUGCUGUAUUGGAAACAUUGGGAAAAUUGAAUAAACACCUCGAUACGGCCUCAGCGAAUGGGGGCCCAGAUCCUCGGUCUUCGCCUGUGAUUUCGGCAUUGGUGCAGGCAGCCUCCGAGUCUGGUCCUCAUCGGUUUCCAUCGAGUUCAUCGCACUUGCAGCAAUGUACCUCUACCUCGGACAUUGAUCGUAUCAAAGAAGAAUUGCGCCAUGAGAUGCGAGCUGAGUUGCGGAGGGAAUUGAGCCGAGAUCGGGCUGCAUUGGAAGAAAAACUCGAUUCUGUGCAGAAGACGCAGGAGAUGAUACUUCAAAUGCUGCGACAUGGGUCUAGCUGA